AUGUCCCUCCCGCGCCUCGAAUUGAUGGGCGCCGUUCUAGCCACACGACUGCUUAAGUUUGUCCGGCAGACGUUAUUCCUUUUAGAUGUGGAAGCUAUCUUGUGGACAGACUCCGAGGUUGCUUUGCAUUGGAUCCACGGAUCUCCCUCGGCGUGGAAACCUUUUGUACGGAACCGCGUUGCUGAGAUUCAAUCUUCUACGCAAACCCGCCAAUGGAGACACUGUCCUGGUCCCGACAACCCUGCCGCCCUUUUGGCGAGGGGUGUGUCAUGCCGACGCCUUCUGGACACUACGUGUUGGUGGAAUGGCCCGAGUUGGCUAUGCAGUCCUGAAUCCUGGCCGCCAGGUUGGCGCUCUACAGCCAAUGCUCCAGGAGAUGUCUACUCCGAGGCUAAGACCUCCGACGUUCUCGCAGUGAUGACAGUGAUCAACGAGCCCAUCCUGCAAGUACGAAAGUACAGCUCGUUCUCCAGACUGCUCCGGGUUACGUCAUGGGUGCUACGGUUUGUCCACAACAGCAGGAGCCCUUCUCUCAAGGACAGGGGUAUGCCAAGUUUAGAAGAGAUUAAUGCGGCAGAGCACUAUUGGAUUAGAAAUGCUCAGCGUGAGUCUUUUGGAUUGCAGCCUACCACUAAAACUUCUCUUCGGAACGCCUCCUUGUUUUACGACGACGAAGGGAUCCUCCGCAUGCAAGGACGUCUCCUGUACGGUGUCUUUCCUGAUGCAGUCAAGCAUCCUAUAGUCUUGCCCUCGGACCACCCUAUCACAGCCAUGAUUAUCAGGCAGACUCACUUACGGUUGUUGCACGCUGGCGUCCAAGGAACACUGACUGACCUACGGGAGGCCUACUGGGUCAUUCGAGGACGGCAAGUGGUAAAGAGGGUGGUGCACGGCUGUCGCGUUUGCCGGCGAGCGAAAGCCCGCGCGUGUACUGAGAGUGCUGGUCCCCUGCCUCGGGACCGAAUAUCAGCUGCAGCGCCAUUUGAUGUGACAGGAACCGAUUAUGCUGGGCCACUCUUUUACAGACCACCCUAUGGAGAGAGCAAUGUUUCAAGAAAGUGUUACAUCCUCAUCUUCACUUGCGCCGUAACUAGGGCAGUUCAUUUAGAGCUCACAGAAUCUAUGACUGCCGAAGACUUUUUGAAGGCCCUCAAGAGAUUUGUAUCGAGGAGAGGUGUGCCAGGAACAGUAUACUCUGAUAAUUUCUGCACCUUCAAGAGUGUGUCCCGUGAACUUUCCGUUGGCCAGCUGUCGCAGGAUCCAGAUGUGAACGGGUUCCUUACGGUACAUCGGAUCAGCUGGAAGUUUAUCGUUGAGCGCGCUGCCUGGUGGGGAGGCUUUUGGGAAGGCCUAAUAAAAAGCACCAAGGUGUAUCUACGGAAGAUACUGGGAAAAAGCACCCUAACGUACAGCGAGCUUGCCACUGUUGUCACAGAGGUGGAAGCCGUUCUGAAUUCACGGCCCUUGACAUAUGUUUCCGAGGAUCCAGACGAUCUCUCCGUGCUCACGCCUGGUCACUUCCUGGUUGGUAAACGUAUUACAGCCCUUCCCUACGAGCCUGCAGACGAGUUGCGUUCGACGUCAAACCAGCUGAGGCGACGAUGGAAGUACCGCGAGCGCUUGAUGGAGUCGUUUUGGACUAGAUGGACCAAGGAGUAUAUCCUGUACCUGAGAUCCGCGAACAUACGCAGGCCACUUUCAUCGUACAGCGUCAAGACAGGAGACAUCGUUCUCAUAGCCAAGGAGAAUGCUCCUCGGGUGUCUUGGCCUCUUGGCCGCGUUGAAAGUACAAGAGAGAGCGCCGAUGGCCGCAUCCGAUCUUGCCAGGUCAGGAUAUCGGGGGGCAAAGUUAUCUGUAGACCAAUUCAACUACUACACAAGUUAGAGGCAGACGAAGAUUAG